AUGACACAUGGAAAUGGCACAGAAGUGACUGACUUCUUUCUUCUGGGAUUCAGUGCUCAACACAGGUUUUGGCAUGUACUCUUCAUUGUAUUUCUACUCAUCUACUUGACCUCCAUGGUGGGUAAUAUUGGAAUGAUCCUGCUCAUCAAAGCAGAUUUCAGAUGUCAGACACCCAUGUACUUUUUCCUACAAUAUUUGGCAUUUGUUGAUAUCUGUUACACAUCUGCUAUCACUCCCAAGACGUUGCAAAACAUCAUAUCAGAAAAUAAAUCAAUUUCAUUUAUGGGAUGUAUGAUGCAAUUAUGGGUUUAUGCAAAAUUUGCAACAAAUGACCAUUACCUCCUGGCUGCUAUGGCAAUGGACCAUUAUGAAGCCAUCUAUAACCCACUUCACUAUUCCACAGUCAUGUCCCAGACAGUAUGCAUCUUACUGGUAGCUGGUUCAUAUGUCAUUGGCUCAGUAAACUCCUCUGUACACACAGGUUUAACAUUUUCACUGUACAUUUGCAAAUCCCACAUCAUUAAUCAUUUUUAUGAUGCUCCCCAGAUUCUUGCCUUUUCAUGCUCCGACAUCGGGACAAACAUCAUGCUACUUGUUGUCUUUGUGGGAUUUAACUUGAUGUUCAAUAUGUCAGUUGUCAUCUUCUCUUACAUAUACAUCCUAUCUGCCAUUUUAAAGAUGUCUUCUACUGCAGGGAGGGAAAAAUCCUUUUUGACAUGUGCUUCCCACCUGACAGCAGUUACUGUUUUCUAUGGAACCCUCUCUUACAUGUACUUACAGCCUCAUUCUAAUAAUUAUCAGAACAUGAAAUUUGCUUCCAUAUUUUAUGGAAUUGUGAUUCUCAUGUUGAAUCCCCUGAUCUAUAGCUUGAGAAAUAAGGAAGUAAAAGAGGCUCUAAAAGUAAUUCAGAAAAAGUUCUUCUUGAUUGGACCAAAAUUACUAAAUUCAGCAAAUCAAAGCAUCCAAUACAUGUAA